AGGAAAACGGCCUGAAGAAGCAACUCACGGUCGCAUUUUUUUAUCGUAUAUCGGUAGUGCACCUGACGGCACGUGUGCUCCGUUGACGUGCAUAACUCCCAAAAGGAAAAAUCCCUUCUCUACCCACGUUAGUUCCGUGCAAACGCAGAUGUCGCUUCUCCAGCGGGUGGUGCAGGCGAUGCAGGAGGUGGCGCCGCUAAGCCUCGCUGAUCAGUCCUGGGACAACGUCGGUGUGCUCCUCGAGAGCCCCGCGCCAAACAAAAAGAAUGUUGUGAUGCUGACCAUCGACCUGACCCCGGCGGUGAUGGAGGAGUGCGUGCGGAAAGGCGUGGAAGUGAUACUGGCCUACCACCCCCCGAUCUUUCGGCCCAUGAAGCGACUCGUGCUACAGGACCCCAAGCAGCGGGUGCUUCUCGAGGCGACUAUGGCCGGCAUGUCCGUCUACUCCCCGCACACGUCCCUCGAUGCAGCGGAGGGCGGCAUCAACGACUGGCUCGCCUCGCUCGUGGCCGGCAGCGGCAAGUACACCGCAGCACCCAUCCAACCCACCGCUGCCUACGCGCCCCAUGCGAAGGAGCAGACGGAGAGCACCGGCAUGGGUCGAGUGGUGCUGCUGGAGGAGGAAAUCGAGCUGACGGCGCUUGUGCAGUCGUUGAAGCGGCAGCUGGAUUUGCCCACGUUGCGCGUCGCCCUGCCGGAUGAAUGGAAACCGUCGCACAAGGUGAGCUCCGUCGCUCUCUGCGCGGGUAGCGGCUCGGGCGUCUUCCGCUCGCUGCGCCGCCGCGUCGAUGUCCUCCUGACGGGCGAGAUGGGGCACCACGAAGUGCAGGCGGCGAACGCGGCCCGGCAGGCGGUGAUACUGUGCGAGCACACCAACACGGAGCGCGGGUUUUUGAAGUCGGUGUUGCAGAAAGCGCUCGAGUCCAUGUUGGAGGGCACGACGGUGUUGGUGGCGGAGGCGGACCACGACCCGCUGGUGGCGUGGUAG